AUGCCCCGCUUCCGCGUCCCCAAUGCUAGCCUCAUCGCCAGCGCGGACCUCCCCAUCCUUCCGUUCCUCGCGCCGAGGGUCUUUGCAGAGUCAGCUAUACCGACAAGGAGCAGGCAGCACCGCCGGCGAAGCGAUGCAUCACCGGAGAAAGAGAAGGGAACAGCAAAACAUGUAGAGGGAGGCACCAGAGUGCAACCCAGGCACGGCAAACCAGAAACCAGAAAGGCGACUGGGACAACAUGUCGCAAGCAACCCAUGCACGACCCAUCUGCAAUGGGCUUUCUACAAACGUCUGGUUACUCGAUGAGAGGAACAGGCCACUCCGCUUCUGUCAACCGGCUCUAUGCUGAAAUAUCCACCUUUACUCGCCAACAUGCCCGAUCAUACGCAACCAUCGCAUCCAACAAUCAAAACAUACCAAGAAAACUAAAGUCCUCGCGGCGCCUAGAACGAACCAAGGCCAUACCAGAAAAAGCAAAGUCUUCGCGACGCCAAGAACUGGAGAAGGCUCUCUCUGUAGAAUACGCGCGUCUCGAUUACUACAUGUCCACGUUGCCUUCCCAGAUCGAGGGGUCCUCCUUUGACCGCAAGACCCAGGGCCAAUACAGAUCCUUAACGCGCCGCAUAACGAAUCUCAAGCGCUGGGGAUUGACACAUCUAGACCUGACGAGGGCAGCUGAAGGGUCAGCUAAAGAAGUCGGGCUUCAUUACGCAUUUGCAGCACUGGAUCGACCGCUCUAUCCCUCCUUACGAAGGCUCACGCGCAGAGUCACUAUCAAACAUGAUCGUCAAUGUGCGCGGCUGAGUUGGAGACUCUUUGCAGCCGGGACUCACGGGGUUUCUCCGAGUACACACCAAGUAUGGCUGAAAUGGCUAGCACUUGAUAUCUCGGUACGGAAAGCUUAUGCCCAUCGGGUGCUCAUCUAUCUCCUCGAUCGUAGGCCUUGCCGUGCUUUGCAUUUCGUAAAAGUUCUGGCCAACGAUCCACUCCAGCGGGAUCGAAAGACUGGAGUAAUCGCCGAUGCUCUCGACCAUCUCGCUCAGCUCCAUACUCAAGGAUUACACGAUAACAAGAGUUGGGGUACCGACCUAGAGGCACACAAGCGCCAGUUUGUCAGUGCAUUCGUGCACAUCUUCGAAAAGUCGUUAGCUGGUCAGAUCGGUGCUUGUUCUCAGAAUUUGUUGUACAACUUGGUAGAGCUAGCCACAACGAAAGACUUGAAGAAGGUAUUUGAUUGCCUUGUGCAACAUCGGGUGGGCCUAGAGUUUGACACUGUGCUGCAUUAUGCAACCGCGUUUGGCAAGGCUGGCGAAGUGCAGUAUGCGUUGAGAUGUCUUGACUUGCUCACAGCUAGAAGUACGGCUACACCCUUGGAGGUUAUGGUGGACCGCAAAAGACUUCGGUGGACAUGCGCUGGCAUACUGCGAAGGAGUAUGAGUGAAAGUAAAGACUUCCAUCAGACUCCGCUUGUCGUCGCUGCUAUUGUACGCCUGGGCAUCAAGAUGGACAUACUUCUUUACAAUAUCGUCAUGCAUAACGCUAUGGAAGCUGGAGAUUAUGCUACAGCCUUCAAAGUAUACAACUCUUUGGAAGAGAACGGACUACGGGAAGACAACUACACCCUCUCGAUAAUGCUUCACGGAUGUACCAUGCAGAACGACCCAGCUCUCUUCCAAGCUUUCGCACAACGCUGCGCUGACAUAGCAGGAGACACCCGGGACCCUUGGUUAGCAACAGACUAUAUCUACUAUCUUUAUGUACGCCACCACGGUGACGAGAACGUCGAACGUACCUCAGCCAUACUAUGGCAGUCCUACGCCAGAUACUUCUCAGUAGCGCUGCUGCAGUCGUUUGUCGGCUACGGAUCUCCAGACCUAAGGAACGUCAGCAUCUCAAAAAAGACUUCUGCGCUUGGAUCCUUGUAUCUUGCUCCUCCACCAGUGGCGUUGUACAUUAUGCUGCGGACAGAGAUCCGAUCAGCGUUGGCAAUCAGCAACACGCGAGUCUAUAACCUAUACAUCAAAUUCAAGUCGGUUGUAGAGGAAGGAAACCCAGAAUUUGAUGCGUUGGCUCGAAACCCAAUAAUCUGGAACGCUUUCCUCCUCGCUUUUUGUGAGAAACAGCAAUUUGCAAACGCAUCCCAGCUCAUUCAAGACAUGACAGACGGUCCGGCGAAGCCCAACGUUUACAGCUGGAAUAUCUUUAUGCAAGCUUUCUUCAAAACACGACAAGUGCAAGCGGCAGAACGCGUCUCCCAGCUCAUGCGAAAUAGCGGUGUUGAACCUGACCGCUACACAUGGGGAGUUUUGCUGCGGGGAUAUGCAAGAGCACAACUUGUUGAUCGAAUCGGCGAUAUCAUUCCGCAUUUAAAGCCAGAAGAGGAAUUAGAUGAUGAUCUGCUGAGACAUCUUGCGAAAGUAGUUGACCGGAGGAAGCUGAUGGACGUAUUGGAGGAGAACAGGUCCCACAAAGAGACGAUCGCGCUAGAGAAAGCAGCUCAAGAGACAGAGGAUGAGCGUUCCAGGUGGCGGGACGAGCUCACAGAUGGCGAGGCAGCAACAAUAACAAGCGGUCUGUCUCCAGUUCAACUCGACAUGGUUGCUGCGGCGCAAACCAAAGAGUUGCCUGCCACUCAAUCUGGCUCAUCAGUUGUUCCUCCAAAGCUUACUUCAGUACCUAAGCAACCAACAGAAUCGCCUCCAAUGCACAGACGCCCGUCGAGAUUACCGCGCGCCAAUUUGCGGGACCCUGAAGUUCAAUACAGAAAGCUUCAAGAGCAGCUAGGUCCCGUCGAAUCUACCGAAUCCGCAGUCAAUGAUCGUGUUGAACCGGAAUCAGUCGAGCCAUCUAGCGCAGGCCUGACUUCCAAGAGCAUAAUCAGCAAGAACAGUGUAAGAGCUAUAAAUUCUGGCAAGCCCGCUACCACGCAAAAGAGGCUUAGAUUCAAUUUCGUGAAACCCGGCCGGCGGGGAUGA